AAUCAGGGUGCAGGGUCGGCCCCGCAGGCAGCUCACCCAUUGUGGGGGCGGGCUAGCAGAGCUGAGGCAGGAGGGGAACUUGGGGGGAGCUCGAAGUGGCGAGUGCAGGGUGACUGAGCAGUGGGCGCCUCGCGGACGGAGGGGAAGCAUCGGGGAGAAUCGCUGGGGUGGAAGGAGGGUGCGGUGUAAGGGAGGGGGAUGCACCCUGGCCAGAGGAGCAGCUUCCCCGAAAGCGGCCAAGCCCCAGACACACCGGACGACCAGACCUGCGGGACGGGGAGGGACAGGUUGAGCCCGGGCAUACCAGUAGGCAGCCCCGGGUGUGAGGGCAGAGGACUCCCUAGGGGGAAAGGAGGCGGUAGAACAGCUGCAUGAGUGCAGGGAGCGGGAAGGUACCAGGGCAGCCACUUCCCGCCGCCUCUAGCCCGGGCAGCAGCCGGAACAGCAGGAGGAGGAGCAACAGCUGCUGAAUUUGCCAACUAGAGGAGCGGGAGGCGGAGCGUGGGUCACCAGCCGCUGAAGGCGCAGCCUGGACUAGUUUGCCGGGAGAGGCGAGAGCAGGAGCCGGAGCGGAGCGGAGCGCAGCCCUCGGAGCAUCAGCUCCAGCAUCCCGCCCGGGGUUGCAGGCUUGAAACUAUUCCAACAUGGCUUUCCUUGGACUCUUCUCUUUGCUGGUUCUGCAAAAUUUGGUUUUAGGGGCCACUUACCCUGAUGAAACCAUUGCUGAGUUGUCAGUGAAUAUGUAUAAUCAUCUUCGAGCCACUGGAGAAGAUGAAAAUAUUCUUUUCUCCCCACUGAGUGUCACCCUUGCAAUGGGAAUGAUGGACCUUGCAGCCCAAGGGUCUACCCUGAAAGAAAUCCGUCAUUUGAUGGGAUAUGACAGCCUGAAAAAUGGUGAAGAAUUUUCCUUUUUGAAAGAUUUUUCUAACAUGGUAACUGCUGAAGAGAGCCAGUAUGUGAUGAAAAUUGCCAAUUCCCUCUUUGUGCAAAAUGGAUUUCACGUCAAUGAUGAGUUUUUGAAAAUGAUGAAAAAAUAUUUUAAUGCAGAAGUAAAUCAUGUGGACUUCAGUCAAAAUAUAGCUGUGGCCAACCAUAUCAAUAAGUGGGUGGAGAAUAACACAAAUAAUCUGUUGAAAGAUUUGGUAUCCCCAAGGGAUUUUGACACUGUCACUCACCUGGCCCUCAUCAAUGCUGUCUAUUUCAAGGGAAACUGGAAGUCACAAUUUAGACCUGAAAAUACUAGAACCUUUUCCUUUACUAAAGAUGAUGAAAGUGAAGUUCAAAUUCCAAUGAUGUAUCAACAAGGAGAAUUUUAUUAUGGGGAAUUUAGUGAUGGCUCCAAUGAAGCUGGUGGUAUCUACCAAGUCCUAGAAAUCCCAUAUGAGGGAGAUGAGAUAAGCAUGAUGCUGAUUUUGUCCAGACAGGAAGUUCCACUGGCCGCUCUGGAGCCUCUGGUCAAAGCACAGCUGAUUGAAGAAUGGGCAAACUCCGUGAAGAAGCAAAAAGUGGAAGUGUACCUGCCCAGGUUCACUGUGGAACAAGAAAUUGAUUUGAAAGAUGUUUUGAAGGCUCUUGGAAUAACUGAAGUUUUCAUCAAAAAUGCAAAUUUGACAACCUUGUCUGAUAACAAAGAGAUUUUCCUUUCCAAAGCGAUUCACAAGUCCUUUAUAGAGGUCAAUGAAGAAGGCUCAGAAGCUGCUGCCAGCUCAGGAAUGAUCGCAAUUAGUAGGAUGGCUGUGCUGUAUCCUCAAGUUAUUGUCGACCAUCCAUUUUUCUUCCUUAUCAGAAACAGAAGAACAGGUACAAUCCUAUUCAUGGGACGGGUCAUGCAUCCUGAAACAAUGAACACAAGUGGACAUGAUUUUGAAGAACUUUAAAUCAUUUCAUUUGAAUAACAUGAAAACAGUAACUAAGCCCACUCUGUUUGUAACUGGUAUAUAUUUAACAUUUGUGUUUUACAGUAUAUCUUAAGAUAAUAUUUAACAUAGCUAUAGAUAAAAACAAGGUAUGUAAAUUAUAAGCCAAAUUGUCAAGGAAUGUUAUCAGUAUUAUUGAGGUAAUGGUCCUGUCAUGUCACUGUGUUUGUUGUGCUGCUAUUUAAAAUAAAAGUACAUGUUGAAUAUGUGAA